CCACGUUUUCAUUUCCCUCUCGUUCGUGUACCUUCUUUGAAUACCUAAUGUAGAUAUUUAGGGUUUCGCUCUCCAAUCCCCUCUCACCUCCCUCCUCUCAUCUCUUUGGAAUUAGGGUUUUAUCCAAACCCUAGCUCCACCACCCGUCCCCAAGACAUGGCUGGGACUCUUCUUCAAUCAGCUGUUUUUCCUGAUGUGAAUCGAAGUUGCAUUCAACCUCGGGGUUCAGGGAAAGACAAAAGGGCUGCUACAAUGAAGUGCAAUUUGCAAAAAAACUCACCUAAAUUGUCAGCCUUUGCGGGUCUACGACCAUCCAGUACAUUGGAUUGCAUUUCUAGACCUCAGAAGGAUUUCCAUUCUGUUGUGAAAACUUCAAUCUCAGUCCCAAAGGGGAAGGCUAGUCGUGGAGUUGCUGUUGCUAUGUUUGAGCGGUUCACUGAAAAAGCUAUCAAGGUUAUUAUGCUUGCACAAGAAGAAGCAAGGCGGCUAGGUCACAAUUUUGUUGGAACAGAGCAAAUAUUAUUGGGCCUUAUAGGUGAAGGGACUGGAAUAGCAGCCAAGGUUUUGAAGUCAAUGGGUAUCAACCUUAAAGAUGCCCGUGUUGAAGUGGAGAAGAUAAUUGGAAGGGGCAGUGGUUUUGUGGCUGUUGAGAUACCGUUCACUCCUCGUGCAAAACGCGUUUUAGAACUUUCUCUUGAAGAAGCCCGCCAACUUGGUCACAACUAUAUUGGAUCAGAACACUUGCUUCUUGGAUUACUUCGUGAGGGUGAAGGUGUUGCUGCCCGUGUCCUUGAGAGCCUUGGAGCUGAUGCAAGCAACAUUCGUACACAGGUUAUUCGGAUGGUUGGUGAGAGCACAGAAGCUGUUGGUGCGGGUGUUGGAGGUGGAAGCAGUGGAGCCAAGAUGCCUACACUUGAGGAGUAUGGCACCAAUUUAACAAAAUUAGCGGAGGAGGGUAAACUCGACCCUGUCGUUGGGAGACAGCCACAGAUAGAGCGUGUUACCCAGAUAUUGGGUCGGCGGACGAAGAAUAACCCCUGCCUCAUUGGAGAACCUGGUGUUGGGAAGACAGCUAUUGCUGAAGGGCUUGCUCAGCGCAUUUCAAGUGGGGAUGUUCCAGAAACAAUAGAAGGGAAGAAGGUAAUAACGCUUGACAUGGGAUUGCUUGUUGCGGGCACAAAGUAUCGUGGAGAAUUUGAGGAGAGACUGAAGAAGCUGAUGGAGGAAAUCAAGCAAAGUGAUGAGAUAAUACUUUUUAUUGAUGAGGUUCACACUCUGAUUGGAGCAGGAGCAGCAGAGGGUGCCAUUGAUGCUGCUAAUAUCUUAAAACCAGCUCUUGCAAGAGGUGAACUGCAGUGUAUUGGAGCCACUACACUUGAUGAAUAUAGGAAGCACAUUGAGAAAGACCCUGCUUUAGAAAGACGGUUCCAGCCAGUAAGAGUGCCAGAACCAACAGUUGAUGAAACAAUAGAAAUCCUUAAAGGCCUUCGUGAAAGAUAUGAAAUUCAUCACAAACUUCGAUAUACAGAUGAAGCUCUAGUUGCUGCGGCACAAUUGUCUUAUCAGUAUAUCAGCGAUCGUUUCCUCCCUGAUAAAGCUAUUGAUUUGGUUGAUGAAGCUGGCUCCCGUGUUAGGCUUCGUUAUGCACAGCUUCCUGAGGAUGCAAAGGAACUUGAUAAGGAGCUCAGACAGAUAACCAAGGAGAAAAACGAGGCAGUCAGGGGUCAAGAUUUUGAGAAGGCUGGGGAGUUGCGAGAUCGAGAAAUGGAGUUGAAGGCUCAGAUCUCAGCUCUAAUUGAGAAGGGGAAAGAGCAGAGCAAAGCUGAAAGUGAGGCAGGUGAUCAAGGCCCAUUAGUUACAGAAGCGGACAUACAGCAUAUUGUGUCCGCUUGGACUGGCAUUCCAGUGGAGAAGGUCUCAAGUGAUGAGUCCGACCGCCUCCUGAAGAUGGAAGAGACACUUCACAAGCGUGUGAUUGGCCAGGAUGAAGCUGUGAAGGCCAUAAGCCGUGCCAUCCGUCGAGCCCGUGUUGGUCUCAAGAACCCCAACCGGCCAAUUGCUAGCUUUAUAUUCUCCGGGCCUACUGGGGUUGGGAAAUCAGAGUUGGCCAAGGCUUUGGCUGCCUACUACUUUGGCUCUGAGGAAGCCAUGAUUCGGCUUGACAUGAGUGAGUUCAUGGAAAGGCAUACUGUCUCUAAACUCAUCGGUUCACCACCUGGUUAUGUUGGCUACACUGAAGGCGGCCAACUGACUGAGGCAGUUCGCCGUCGCCCCUACACUGUUGUCCUAUUUGAUGAGAUAGAGAAGGCUCAUCCCGAUGUCUUUAACAUGAUGCUUCAGAUAUUAGAAGAUGGAAGGCUAACAGACAGCAAGGGCCGGACAGUGGAUUUCAAAAACACCCUUCUAAUUAUGACUUCCAAUGUUGGAAGCAGUGUGAUUGAGAAAGGAGGACGUAGAAUUGGUUUUGAUCUUGAUUACGAUGAGAAAGAUAGCAGCUACAACAGAAUCAAGAGCCUGGUAACAGAGGAGUUGAAGCAGUACUUCAGGCCAGAAUUCCUGAACAGGCUGGACGAAAUGAUUGUUUUCCGACAGCUCACAAAGCAGGAGGUGAAGGAGAUUGCAGAUAUAAUGCUGAAUGAGGUGUUUAACAGAUUGAAGACAAAGGAAAUCGAGCUUCAAGUAACCGAGAGAUUUAAAGACCGGGUGGUGGAAGAAGGAUACAACCCAAGCUAUGGAGCAAGGCCAUUGCGGAGAGCCAUAAUGCGUCUUUUAGAGGACAGUCUUGCUGAGAAAAUGCUCGCCGGGGAGAUCAAGGAAGGAGAUUCAGCUAUUGUUGAUGUUGAUGCCGAUGGGAAUGUAACUGUCCUGAAUGGAGGGAGUGGAGUUGCCGAUUCAUUGCCUCCUCCAGUUUCUGUACAAUAGAGCAAUGACAUAUUCCACCGAGUAGAAAUUCUAUAGUUAAAAUAUAUGAAUUUUUUUAUUUUAUUAUAUCUGAAAUGAAUAUAGAUAUGUACAGAAAAAGAACUAUUGGGUUUCUCCGUCUUCAGAAUACUUGUAUAAGAUAGCAUGACUCUUGCUAUAUGUAUAUUUCACAUUACUCAUUUCAAAUAUAUUGAUCUUGAGAGAAGUUUUAUC